AUGAAGGGCAAAUUUGGAGCUAAGAAGCAAAAAACUGAUGACUGGCACAGAGAAACAAUCAGGGGCCUGACCGUGGAGGGCCUUAUUGUGGUGGUGAUAAUGAUGGUGAUAGUAGAGGUACUGGUAGUGGUGUCUGUUGUGUACAGCUGCAAGUGUUUGUUGCUUGGGAAAGUGUGGGAAGCAGACUUGGAAGCUUGUCGGUUGCUUAUGCAGAGCCUGAACCUCCAGGAAGCCAGGGGCAGCCUGUCUGCAGAAGAUGAGAGGCAGAUGAAUGACUUAGAGGAAGCUGUCUGUACAGCCACUCUGCCUUUCCACCCCACACCCCCCUCUGAAGAUGAGAGGAAGGCUCCUUUGCAGGCAUUUGAAGAUUGGAAGGCUCACCCAACCCCCUUUCCACACUGUGCUGGAGGAGAACAGAAAGAGGAAUCUCACUUCCUUUCUGCAGAAUGUGGAGAAAAAUGUGAAGCCAUAGGCAAGAAGUUAUUGCACUUAGAAGACCAGCUUCACACGGCGAUCCAUAGUCACGAUGAAGAUCUCAUUCAUAUCCUUUUCAUCGUGCAGAUUAAGCACCUGUGA